AUGCAACCCUCAACCCUCUUAGCCAUCCUGGCUGUCAGCGCAGCCAGCCUCGUCUCGGCAUCCCCAGCCACAGACCAAGGCGACUCAAAUCCUCACGCCGUCUGUCGGCGAGGGGGCCUUCUCCGUUGUGUCGGAUGGGGGUAUAAGACCAACCAGCUUCCUCUUGCUAGGCAGCCGAUUGAGCCGCCCAGGGAGUUCAGGCCGACCCCACCUCCUUCGCCAUGUCCCGUGUGGCAAGAAGGCAGCAAGUUUGGGACGCCACGGGCGACAAUCAACGGCCACUGCUGCCUCGGCAGCCCAAAGAACGCGCUCAGCUGCUGCCGCCGCAUGAUGAUAAAGCCCCUCCCCCACACCCAUGAGUUGCGAUGUGACGCUCCCUCCUGGCAGACGGCCGAAAAGUACACCGAGUUCCACGAGUGCAACACCAACCAACGGGACCCCAAGGUCUGCCGCGCUAAUCUAGUUCCCCUGCUGCCCGAGAUCAUGUGGCAAUACCCCAUGAACCCGGCAUUCGAGUCCCCGAAGCCGUCGAAUCAACUCUGGAGGAAGCUGGGGCCAGGUUCAGCUUCACGUGUGCCCCAAGUCGACUACAAGCCGCCGGGCCCGUCCCCUCUGGGUCUGUACGGCGACGGCAACCCCGAGCCCAGCCACGAUCACGAGGUCCAGAAGCGAGGCAACGCCGUCGCAGGCUUCCUUCUCGCGGACUCGCUGGCCGGCAGCGGGCCGCCCAGGCUCGAGACCGUCGCGGACCGCGCCAUGGAGAAGAAGCCAAAGGGGAAACCCAACCUGCACUACAAGCCUCCGGGGAAAUCCCGGUUUGUCGAGCACCCCUACGGCAACCCCGACCCGGGCCAUCUGACCGAGCUUCACAAGCGAAGCGACAGCGAGAGCGAUAGCGGAAGCGACGGCGGAAGCAGGCACCGCUCCGCGAACCCGCUCCUCGACGCCAUGUCCGGGUCGUCGUCCCGCUCGCCCAGGAGGCACAGGUCGCGCAAAAAGGUCCCCAAGGCGGCUGCCAAAGCCCUCGAGGAGAGCAAGACGGCGUCGCGCAAGCCAGACUAUAACUGGUCGCCCCCGGGGAAGUCUCCGUUGAGUAAAAGUCCAGACGGGUAUUGA